CUAUUCCAUGUCUCUCUCUAGCUGCCCUGAUUCUAAAAGGUCAGGGAUGAAGCAGUUGUCAGCCGAAACUGUCCGUCUCCUUUCAAGUUCUCAGGUGAUUACAUCAGUUGUCAGUGUAGUGAAAGAGCUGAUAGAAAAUUCUUUGGAUGCCAAUGCUACAAGUAUCGAUGUUAAACUGGAGAAUUAUGGGUUUGAUAAGAUAGAAGUGCGAGACAAUGGAGAUGGAAUCAAAGCAGCAGAUGUUCCAGUUAUGGCAAUUAAGCACUAUACCUCAAAGAUAAGUUGCCCUGAGGAUCUUGAACACUUGACAACAUAUGGCUUCCGUGGGGAAGCCUUAGGAUCAGUUUGCUGCAUAUCUGAGGUUGUGAUCACAACAAAGACCUCUGUAGAUGACUUUAGCACUCAGUAUUUUUUGGAUAGCAGUGGGCAUGUAGCUUCUCAAAAGCCUUCUCAUCUUGGUCAAGGUACAACAGUAACUGUCCUGAAGCUGUUUAAGAAUCUUCCAGUAAGAAAACAAUUUUAUUCAACAGCUAAAAAAUGUAAGGAUGAACUAAAAAAAAUUCAAGAUCUUCUAAUGGCAUAUGGCAUUAUAAAACCAGAACUUCGGAUAAUCUUAACACAUAACAAGGCAGUUACUUGGCAAAAGACCAGAGUGUCAGAUCACAAAAUGGCCUUUAUGUCAGUUCUGGGAACAGCCGUUAUGGGCAGUAUGGUACCUUUUCAACACUGCUGUGAAGAUCCUGAGAUAUCUCUUUCUGGAUUUCUUCCAAAACUUGAUUCAGACAAGUCUUUGACAAGUCUUUCAAGUUCAGAAAGGAGUUUUAUUUUUAUAAACAAUCGGCCAGUACAUCAGAAGGAAAUAUUGAAGUUAGUUCGACAGUACUAUAAUCUGAAGUCUCAGAAAGAUUCCUCUCGUUUGUACCCUGUGUUCUUUAUUAAAAUUACUAUACCUGCUUCUGCUGUGGAUGUGAACUUAACACCUGAUAAAACUCAGGUCUUACUGCAUAAUAAGGAAUCUGUUCUUCUUGCUGUUGAAAAUGUGCUGAUAUCACUAUAUGGGCCACUACCUGCUGCAGUAUCUUGUGAAACUAAUAAAACAGAUGUUACCUCAGUGGAUGUGUUUGAUAAAACAGAACAAACAGAUGUGCUUGUUAAUGAAGUGGAACCAUCUGGAAACAAUUAUCUGCAUGCUCAUACUUCACUUCUUUCCUUCAAUAAUGGCAUGCAAAAUGGUCAAGCAGGAAAAAACACAGAAGUCUGCUUAAAGCAUCAAACACUGUGUAGCAAUAGCACUCAUGGCAUCCUUAAUAAGGGAGAGCUUUCUGGAUCUGAUAUGCCCCAGAGUGAUACAAAUCAAGACAGUUCCAUGAAUAAUGUAUCGUGCAAGGAGAGUCCAAAUAGAUAUAUAGUAACUUCUGCCCUAGAUGGCAGUACACUAACAGAUACUCAGUGCAUAAAUGCUAGUGAGCAUCUUUUGAGAGCAGAUCACUGUAAUGAAAUAGGAAGAAGUGAUGAAAUUGCAGUCCCUAAAGAUUUACCUAACAUCUCUGCUGAUAACUGGAGUAUGGGGCAUGCACUUAAAAAUGACAUGGGAGAGAACCUAGAGCCUGUAAAAAUUUUGAUGCCUGAAAUUGGAAGAGUAACAAAUCAUGAACAAAAUGAAAACACUGAUGAUCAAAACCAAGAUCAGCAGAGCCCAAAUCAAAGUACAAAAAAACCUAAUGUGGUAAAUGAUAAACUGGGACAGAUAGUGGCCUAUGAUUUAAUUAGUAGUCAAAUAAUAAGGAAACCCAAGUCAGCAAUUGCUCUUUUCACCCAAGAAUAUCGUUCUAAAUUGUUAAAUGAUAACCCAAAGGCCAACGUGGAGGAAUUGAUGCUGAAAAUUGAAGAAAAAUGGGAGAAACUGAAUGGAGAGGAGAAAAAGAAGUAUGAAGAGAAAGCUGCUAAGGAUCUGGAACGAUAUGACAGACAGACAAAGAAAGCUGUGGAACAGAAAAUGCCACGGUCAACGAAGGACACAGAUAAAAGGCAAAAGCUCAGACUGAAGGCUUCUCUCUCCAACCAGCAAAAUCUUGACAAAAUGUUUCAUUCUCAAACUGAAAAGAAACAGAAAUCCAGCGAGCCUGUGAAAAUUGUUCAAGUGCCCUUCUCAAUGAAUUCUUUCAAACAUAAACUUCAGAGGCAUGAGGAGAGCAAUUUGGAUAAACAUGAGCUUUACCUGAUCCGUCGUCUGAGUUUUCCUGAUGUUUGGAUAAUGGCUUCUGAAAAAAAUAUAAUGUUACUGAACCCAUAUAGAGUGGAAGAAGCCCUUCUGUAUAAAAAGUUACUGAUGAAUCAUAAACUUCCUGUAGAGACCCUGGACAAACCAAUUGCAUUAACAGACAGUCUUUUUAGUGGAGUUCAUUAUAUGAACACACUCAAGAGUUUGUCAAAGGAUUGUCAAAGAUUCAGUGGAUCAAUUUACUUAAUGGAUCCAAGGCUUGUAGCAAAUGGAUUUAGGAUAAAAGUAAUACCAGGAGUUGGAGCUACAGAAAACCAGAUGGAAAUAGAAGGAAUGGCUAAUUGUAUGCCAUACUACGGUGUAUCUGAUUUAAAAGAAAUUCUGAAUGCUAUGAUAAAUAAAAAUGCUAAAGAAGUAUUUGAGUGUAGACCUCUUAAAGUGAUAAAUUAUUUGGAGGGAGAAGCAGUGCGUCUGGUUCGGCAGCUACCUUUACAUUUGUCAAAAGAGGAUGUAGAGAACACAAUUCACAGGAUGAAGCAAGAGCUUGGAAAUGAAAACAAAGGCUGCGUUCAUGGUCGUCCGCUAUUUCAUCAUUUAACAGAUAUUCCAGAAGUUAAGUAACAAGCACAAAUCCAAGGAAAGUUACUCAGUAAAGUGGAAAAUUUUGUUUGACUUCAUAUUUCUGCUCCUUAAUUUUCACCAGUACUCUGUAUUGUACAAAGCAUUUGUAUUCUGAUCUUGACUGUUUACUUUUUGCUUGGUUUGGUUGGGGGGUUUAUAUUUUUGUUGUUUUAUUUUUAUGUUCAACUACUAUUUGAAAACUGAAAAUGGAUUAUAAAUAUUGUAUAGAAACUGUCAUUUGGAGCAACUUGUAAUUAUUUUUUCCGCUAACAGUUUAAUAAAAAAGUGUUUGCAACUGG